AUGAAAGAUUGUGAGAGCUUGAUUUUAAUUCACGAGAGCAUUGGGGAUCUAAAAACUCUCCUUCAUCUUAAUCUAAAAGGUUGCAAGAGCCUCAAAGAUCUUCCUAGAAGCAUCUACAAGUUGAAAUCAUUGAAGACUUUCAUUAUUUCUGGGUGUUCAUUGAUUGACCAUUUAGAAGAAGAUAUUGAGCAAAUGGAGUCCUUGACGACUCUUAUGGCAGAUAACAUUUCCAUAACACAACUACCCAAGUCAUUAGCAAGAUUGAAAGGGCUUAAGUAUGGAUAUGUAUCUUUCGCUGGUCAUGAAGGAAAAGGGCAAGAUAUAUUUCCUUCUCUCAUAUGGUCGUGGAUGUCACCUCGUGAUUUUCCUCAAUCCCGUAUUGAAGAAUCUGUGCAAGGCGUAUCAUCUAUGGUUGCCUCAAUUGGAUGGAAUAGUGGCUUGCGUGGUCUAUGUCAAUUUCUGGGCGAUCUUGUGAAGCUUCCAUGUACGUGGGAGCAAUGUCGAUCACAGUUUCGAUUUAAUAAGAGAAUGGCAAAACUUUUCGAUGCAUUGUAUGAGAAAAAUUUUAUGGAAUUUAAAUCAACUCAAGAUACACCCGAGAUCUUAAUAAUGGAAGCUUCUGCGUCAUCUAAGGGCCAUGAUGACCAAGUUCACAGUGCAAGGUCAGCAGAUUCCGUCAAUUCUCCUUUACUUCAACUGGGAGUGUGCGACAAAGCAGAGUUGCUAAAAGAGAAAAUUUCGCAGGGAUGGAAGUAUGGUGGGUGGGAUGAUUCUCACCUACCUGGUGAUCAGGAUUCUGAUUGGUUCAUCUUUAAGGGUGAAGGGUGCUCAGUAAUUUUGAAGGUGCCACAAGUCAUAGGUUGUCAGCUGAAAGCGGUGCUUCUCAAUGUUGGGUAUUCUUCUUGUAUGGAUGACACGAGGCCUCAAUUUCUCAUAAAUGUUCUCAUCAUUAACCACACAAAGGAUACGAUUAAACUACUGAAGGGGGACCCAGCAACUUUCCCUGAAGAUGCAGAAUGGCAGAGUAUCAUUUCAAGUUUUCAACUUGGUGAUAUCGUGCAGCUUAUUAUAAGUAUUGGGCCUCAAUUUCAUGUGAAGAAGAUUGCAGCAUACCUGAUUUAUGACGGUUCUAAGCGUCGCAGGUUAUUGAAAUAA